AUAUAUGCUUACAUACAUAAUUGUAAACAUACCGCCAAAGGCGGGGUAUCGGAUGUGCUCCUUUACGUCAAUACCGUUUGUUGGGACGAUAGUGGAACUCUUCUUCUCUCUGGUUCUGAUGACCGAAAAAUCGUUGUCACCAAUGUUUUCUCUGAAACUCGUCCGGAGAGCUAUUCUCAACGUCUGGUGCCGGAGAGUAACAUAUUUACCUCUAAGUUUCUUAAAUGUUCUAACACUUGCGAAAUUGUCACGGGCUUCAAAUGUGGAUGCGUUGUCUUAUCAAGCGCGGAACCAAAAUCAGAACAAAUCUCUACUCAUUGCCCAUUGUUUUGCCAUAAAUUAGCUGUAUACAACGUUAUACCUCUGCCGGAUUUUCCAUUUUGCUUUUUAUCCAUAUCUCAUGAUAGAUCCGUGAAUCUUUACGACAUUCGUAUUCCUCAUUACUUUGGGCGAAACAGUCAAUUAUGCAACCGUUCAUGCUAUGCUGGACGAUUUGGUGGGCAUUCUUCCUCUUGUAUAGUUCAAAGACUUGGAUUUAUGCUUCCAGUUACUGCUGGCGAUAUUCAUCCAACAAAGCUCAGCACAUGUAUUGCUUUGGCCAGUGUUGAUGGCUUUGUAAGGCUUUUUGAUCUUCGAAAUUUGGUGAAACCCAGUAAGGAGUUUAUUACCAUCAGAUUUAAUUCAUUUGCUGUGUUAUUCAAAUAUGUUUUUCUUCAGUUUAUUAUUUUUUGA